UGGCGGGAUUCGGUGAGGUUCAGUCCUCAUUAAUCACAUUUGAGAUCAAAGUCAUAUCAACCAUGACCACGACGUCUUAGAGUUAUUUUUAGGACUACAUUAUUAUGCAACGUGUCCUUUCCAUAUUUAAGGCGGUAUGUUGAUAAAUGAAGAUGUUGAAGACUGGGUCUUUGCUUGAUUUCAAAUGGUACCAAUCAAAGAUUGGCUUAGAAAUAUUAUUCUCACUACAGCAUGCUGAUGGGUCUCGGAAGGUAUUUGGUUUAUUGGAACAGCCAAAUCUGCCGCAGACAGUUUCGGUCAAGGAAGUUGAGUAUAAAAUAUUGUUGGUUGGGAAAACGGGAGUUGGAAAAACAGCCACAGCAGCUAAUCUGACCGGACAUCCAAUUCCAGAGAACCACUACGAAACAACAGGCAUCGAAGUGUUCCGGAAUUACUGGCCUGCCCGUAUACGCCAAUUAAACAAAGUUGUGUUAUUUAAUCUAAAUUUCUGGGAAAGUGGAGAAAUGGCAGCAAAGAAGUUUGACCACAUCCUUCCGGCGUGCAAGGAUGGCAUCGACUGUGUGAUGUUCCUCUUCUCACUCGUUGACAAAAGUAGUUUCGAUGACCUCCCACAGAUGAUCUGUCGAUUCACAGAACUUGGUGAUGACAUCUGCCGAAUUGCUGUUGGAACCAAAUUUGAUAAAUUCGAUGAGAGUGAAAUCACUCAAAGAGAUAUUGAGAAUUUUGAACAGAAUUGGGAAAUCCCAGUUUUGAAGAUUCAGAAUUUAACAGACACAACCCAGGGAAGGGAAUCAGUGCCUUCCAUGGAAUUAGUGUUGACUACAAUUUGUGAAUAUCUGUGGGCAAGAGAUUUGAGUCUUGCGGCCAAAGGUUCAAAACCUAAAGUACCCAUGGAAUCUGCCCAGGAGAUUGUGUUUUAAGGAACCGAGAAGAAUUUUUUGUUCUGGUAUUUGUUCUGGUAUUUGUAUCCUUGUAUUGGAUAGAGAAUGUAAUGAAGCAAGGGGAAAGAAAGUAUAUACACAACUCACUACUAUUACACGAGACCCAAUGCUCUGGAUGAGAGGUUCACAGUGAACUGCUAAUUGCUCACAGUUCUUUGUAUAACAAUGGGUCAGUCCACCUUUUAGUCACUUGAGGGGUGGUCAGAAUCCUUCCACAACAGUUGACCAACAGAAUUUUAACAUUGCACCGUCAUUAUCAUCAUUUUACUUUCAUUUUCCUAUGGUUGUAUGGAUCAGAAAUCAAGGCAGAUUUUCAGGGCUGGAUGCACUUCCUGUUGCCACCUAUCAACUGUUUCUAGGCAUGUUGAUAUUUCCCCAUGGAUGGACAUUUUCAUGGAAAAUUGGAAAUGAACAACCCUGCUUGUAUGACAGUGAAACUCAUUUACGACAACCAUGCCAUAUUAAGAUGAGAAAAACAUACACACACACAUGCAUACGUACAAAUGGGCUUCUUUCAGUUUCAGUUUACCAAAUCUAUUCUGAAAGCUUUGGUCAACUCAGGGCUAUAGCGGAGGACAAUUGCUAAAAUGAUCAUUCAGAGGAACUGAACUCAAGACCACAUGGUUGAGAAGCAAACUCCUUAACCACACAGCCAUGUCUGCAUCUAUUAAAGUAUACCUAAUGCCUUACGAACACUCUUUACUACAACCACCAACAAAGGAUCCUAGAAAUAACAGCCAAUUCUUCCUUAAACCAUGCUUUAUUAUCUAAAAGAGACGCACACACGUAUAUUGAUAUUCUGGCUGCCGCAUGAAAUAGAAAUGAGAUGGAUACAGGUUCAACUCCUUGUAUCAUAAUUCUGUAGAAUAAAGGCUGACUUGGGAUGAGACAAAAGCAGGGGGCCUUUUGGUGUCCUUUAUUCUUGAGACAACCCCUUCUUUCAUUCAUAAAUUUAUGGAUCACUGGUCUCUCAUCAUCGUUGUCGUUUAACAUCUGCUUUCCAAUGCUGGCAUGGGUUGGACGAUUUGAGUGAGGAGGAUUGGCAAGUCAAACCAUCCGACCCAUGCCAGCAUUGGAAAGCAGAUGUUAAACGAUGACGAUGAUGAUGACAGACCAGUGAUCCCAAUCAAUCACAUUCCAAUUAGCAAAUUCAAAAGAUCAAACUUCAAAUCCAAUUUACUCUCUUCUGAAUCAUGAAAUAAAUU